AUGUCUGAUUUCUUAUUUAUAUGUGAUAGCAUCUAACUUACAAUCAAGAAGGUGAAACUAGACCUUUUUAACUCAUUUGAAGAUGAAACGAUGUCAGCCAUCAUUAAAAAAAAUGAGACCUCUUUUAUACCCUUCUUGAGUCUAAGAUAAAAAUUUGGUAUACAUCAAAAAGGUGGGUUUUAUCCACUUCCAAAAAAAUAUGCAUGUCUUUUAGAUUUAUGCAAGAGAAUAGAAACGAAUGUUUUAAGAAAUUAAUGCUAAAUAUAUUUUUCUGUUUAGAACAAUUUUACAGAAAUCAUCUAAGUCCUCCAAUUAUUAAAUUUGAAUCCUAAUUUAUAUAAAAUUAAAGUGAAUUCAGAAGGCAUUGUAAUUUAGCAUCCAUUUUUAAAUAUUUCUAAUAAGAAUGAUAACAAAAAUGCUAUUAAAUCUUAGCAAGAAUACAAAUAAAUGUCUGAAAUAAUUGAGAAAAGGAUGACAAUACUAAGAGAUAUACUUGAUUAUUAAGUUAAAAUAAAACAUAAAGAACAUUUAUCAAUAAUUAAUUGUGAAGAUUUUGAAUAAUUCGGAUCUUAAUUCAAAAUCUAUCAUAAUGACUUUGAUUUGAAUGAUUCACCUGAUAUUAAGCCAAUAAAAUUGACGAGGCAAAUCUUCUCCAAAGAAUUAAUAUAGUUUCAUCUUGACUUCUUAAAUCACUUAAUUGAACACUACGACAAACGAGGAGUUAGCUUCAUGUAUUAUGAUAAUAUCGUUACAAUACUUAGUGUUCAUUUUAAUAAAGUUAAAAGUGAAAUAGAAAAAACACUUAAGAAUAUAAUAAAUUUGCUUCCAGAUAAAAUGAAUAUUCUUAUGGAUCACAUAAACAAACAAAGAUGGAUCGUGUAGUUAGAUAGAUCAUCUUUGUAGUAAUUAAAUAAGUAAAUUAUAUUGAAUUAAUUUUUGUUUUAUUGA